AAACUGACGAAGACGUUGAUUGGAGUAUCGAAUUAAACGUUUAUAGACGUGUAUUAAUGUAAUCCAGUCGUAAGUGAACUUUCACAAGGACAGGGGCACUGAUAACAUUUUAUACCUAAAUAUUUGUGACAAAGUGACGAAAAUUAUGGGAAUUGAAACACCACUGCUAGUGGUUCUGGCAGUGCUGUCUGCGCGCGCCGCCCCCGCCUGUCCCUCGACUCAACAGCACCUGCUGCUGCCGCAUGAGAGUGACUGCUCCAAGUUCUACAGGUGCGACCACGGCCGGCCCAGGCUGGAGAGCUGUCCCGGUGGACUGCACUUUGACCCUAACUUACAGGUCUGCAAUUGGCCGAACCAAGUCAACUGUGUCCUUCCGACUGCCACCACUACUACCAGCACAACCACCACGACACCCGCUCCCACUACCCAACCAACACCUCCCCCCGUAGAGUGGACUACGCACGAAGAAGUUCCGUACACGCCGCCAGAUGGCGUGCUACCUAAUGGUUGUCCUGUGAACAUUCACGAGCAUGCGUUGUUGACGCACGACCAUGACUGUAGCAAGUUCUAUCAGUGUAAUUUUGGCGACAAGGUUGAGAAGGACUGUCCUGCCGGCUUGAUCUUCGAUUUUCAGCUGCAGAUAUGCAACUGGCCGUGGGCGACCGAGUGUGUUGUGAACCCGGCUACGAACAAACCAACCCUUGAAACCAGUCCAGUAACUGAAGAAACCCAAACCAGUGAAGAAACUACAACACCAAGUGUCACCACUGAGGUUUACACUACUACAAACAAACCAACGCUUGAAACCAGUCCAGUAACUGAAGAAACCCAACCCAGUGAAGAAACGACAACACCAAGUGUCACCACUGAGGACACUACUACAAACAAACCAACCCUUGGAACCAGUCCAGUAACUGAAGAAACCCAACCCAGUGAAGAAACGACAAAACCAAGCAUUACCACCGAGAUUUACACUACUACAAACGAACCAACUAUUGAAACCAGUCCAGUUACUGAAGAAACCAAACCUAUAGAUGAAACUACCAAACCAAGUGUUACCACCGAGGUUUACACUACUACAAACGAACCAACUGUUGAAACCAGUUCAGUAACAGAAGGAACCAAACCUAUAGAAGAAACUACCACACCAAGUGUCACCACGGAGGUUUACACAACUGAAGCUCCUAUAGAAGUUACGACUGAACCUACUACUACUAUAUCUUCCAUCACGGAAGACGUAGCCAGCACUACUAAGGAACCAGAAUCUACUGAUAGUGUUCAAAGCACCACACUAGCGGUGACAGAUAUCGUAACCGAAACUGAGGCUACUGAAACCACUACAGAAGAUAUUAAAACCACCGAAUUCAGUACAGUGGCCACUGAAAUAGUUGCAUCGACGACAGAAGAACCGAGCACUAAUGAAGUAACACCGUCUGUAAACUCAACAGAAGCAGGAGUCGAAACCACAAGUUACACACCUGUUCCAGAAGGAACAACACAAUCAAUUUCUACAACUGAAACGGUUGAAAAUUCAACUGAAGUGGUUAGCACGACUGAACAUUUUACGGGAACGACCGAAAAUAUAAAGACAACUGAGGGUCUAGUUGAUGUAACUACAAGUUCUCUUACUACUGAAGUUAUUUCUACAACUGACAGUAGUGUGACUGAACAACCUACAACUGUUGAACUGACCACUGCAUCAAUUGAAACGGAUCCUACGACUAUAUUGACGACAGUUUCCUCUGUAGAACCUACGACGGAAAAUCUGACUACAAUCGAAUUUCCUACUGAAGCAACAACAACAACGGAUGAAAUAACAACUACUGAGAGUUCCUUCUCUUCAUCAACCACAAACGCAUGGACGACCACAGAAACAAAUAACUCAACUCAAGAAAACUACCCUACAACUGAUGAAAGUCUACCUGUUAAUGUUACAGAGAGUACAACAGACGUAUCCACUACAACCGUGAGUGUUCCUACUACUGGAAACCUUGAAACUACAACAGAAAACGAAUUCACAACUGUAGAAACAAAUGAUACCUCCACUACAAUUGCGGAUUUAACAACAACUAUUAAACCAGAUAUUGAAGUUACUACCCAAGUACCGACGACGGAAGCUUUAGUAAAUGGUACAACUACUGACGAAGAAUUGACUACAUUAGAAACAUUGACUACUACAGAAGCUUACCCUACUACGAUCGUUAAUCUUCCAUCAACAGUUCAACCAGAUGUUGAGACUACUUCACACGCACAAACAACGACUGCUGAAGUUGACUUGACAACCACAAAUUCAAACACAACAGAAUAUCCUACUACUUACGCAACUAUUCAAACUACGGACGGUUCUUGGACAGCAGUACCUACUUACACUACUAUUCAAGAUACUACAACUCAAGGGAUAACCACGACUUCUGAACCAAGCAGUACAUCGUCAGUGCCAAAUGUUACCACUGAAGAAGAUAGUAGUGAAGACUCUUGGACAGAAGUUGAUUGGACAACAGAACCUGGUUGGACGACAGAUAAUGAUUCUGCAGACGGUGGUAAUUCAUCUGCUGCUCCAGUGAGUACUCCUUCAGCACCAAUCUGGACCUCAGAAGAAGAUUCUUCCGAGGAUAGCUGGACAGAAGUUGAUUGGACCACCGACCCCGUUUGGACUACAGCCAAUGGUUCUGCAACUGUUGCAGUAAGCAGCACACCUUCUGUUUCUAUUUGGACUUCUGAAGAAGACACAACUGACGAUUCUUGGACUGAGGUCGACUGGACUGUGUCUGGAGAGAGUAAUGGUUGGACAGAAGAUGGAGAUGUAACAGACGAAUAUAACAUUUCGUCUACAACUGAGAAACUUACCACCACUGAAGCAACAUUAAGUACAUUACCAGUUACAACAGAAAACACUGAAAAUACAGAAACGACAUCAGAUGGCCAAUGGACCACGACUGAUGCUGUUGAUGUUACAACUGUAAAAAUUACAACAGUCGGUAUUCCUGAUGUUACUGAGGUUACAGCUGAUCAAACGGAAACAAGCGAUAUCACAACCACAGCUUCUGACGCGACUACAGAAGCUAUACAAAUGACUACAGCAGCUGUUGAACUGACUACAGAAGAAACAGAACUGACUACAGCAUCUCCGUCAGAAUGGUGUGCUUCUGGAAACUUCGGGAGCGUCCCACAUCCAGAGCUAUGUGAUUCGUUCUACGUGUGUUCUGGAGGGUCGGCUGUGCAGCUGUACUGUAAUACGGGAUUCGAAUACAAUCAGGAUGUUAGUGCAUGCGUUCCAAUCGCUGAAGGCGGAUGCACUUGGUCUCAAACGAAACCACCAGUUGAGACGACUACAAAUAUCAACACUGAUGCUACAGCAUCUACACCCGUGGAUGUUGAAACAAUAGUCACAACAACAUCUGAACCAGCUUUAGAAACAUCAUCAACUACAGACGCUGAAAUUGUUGGAUCCACAGUAUUACCCACAACAACUACAGAAUCGUCACAGGAAAUAACAGAAUUACCAUCGACAACAAUUGAUUCUACAUCAUUACCAUCAUCGACUCCAGAAACAACACUCACAACUACCGACUUACCAUUAACUACGCCAGAAUUACUAUCAACCACACCAGAAAUUAUAUCAACUACACCAGAAAUUAUAUCAACUACCCCAGAAAUAAUAUCAACUACACCGGAAAUAAUAUCAACCACACCAGAAUUACUAUCCACAACGCUAGAAAUUAUAUCAACCACACCAGAAAUGAUAUCAACCACACCAGAAUUACUAUACACAACGCCAGAAAUUAUAUCAACUACACCAGAAAUUAUAUCAACCACACCAGAACUUAUAUCAACCACCCCAGAAUUACUAUCAACCACACCAGAAAUUAUAUCAACCACGCCAGAAAUUAUAUCAACCACACCAGAAAUUAUAUCAACCACGCCAGAAAUUAUAUCAACCACACCAGAAAUAAUAUCAACCACACCAGAGUCAAUACAAACCACGCCAGAACCAGUACAACCGACGGCCCCACAACCGACGGUGCCAGAGCCGAUAUGCCCUCCAGGGUUCUUCGGCAAUCGGCCUCACCCGACGCUCUGCAGUUCAUACUACCUGUGCUCUGGAGGCAUCGACAUUCAACUGUUCUGCCCCACUGGGUCAGAGUUCAACCCCGAUGCUGGUAGGUGUACAACAAUAACUGAAGGCGGCUGUACCAGUUUACAAAACAAUUGAAGAAUACCUAUAUUGAGAGCAAAAAUCAGCCAACCAAAAGACCCUGGCUUUGUGAACUUUAUGAGUAAAACAGACUCUAUUGCGUUGCAUAAGAGUUAGCGAUGCCAUGACAGAUUUGAAAUAUUUAUUUUGUUUUCCCAGUUAUAUUUUGUUUAUCCACUAUUUAUUUGCCAAAGAAAUAUGAAACGAUUGUUAGUUUUAAGGGUACCUGCCUACAUCAAUG